ACUUGGCUUGCUCUUUGAACCUUGACUUUUCGACUUUUGCAACAACAACAACAACAACAAAGAGCAACCCAACUCAGUGAAGGAUUUUUUUUACUCGGUUGUGUGAUGCGCUACCAUCUUGCUCCACUCGAUUUUUUUUCCAUUACAGGGUUUGUUGGGGCUGCUUGAUUGAUUGAUUGAUUUGAUAAGCGACGACACGACGAUGGAGUCGCGCAAAGACGAAGAAGCGACAAUAAAAGUGGCUUCGAUGAACAAGAAGUCCAUGACGCCGUUGCGGGGGGCGAAAGGCGGAGGGGGGGUGGAUGGGAAGAUUAAGCUGAAGAAGCCCGGGCCGAGGUUCAUCAAGCCGGGGAGUUGGAAGGAGGGGGGGGUUGUGGAGGAUGAUAAGAAGAAGACAAAAGAAACCACCACCGCCGCCGCCGCCGCCGCGUCGCCCCCCAGCCCCGUGGUCAACCAGCUUGACGAGUCCUCCCGCGAGACGUUUUCUACCGGCCGACCGCUUGAUGAUGUACCCGAGCUUCAGUCUUGCAAGCACUGCAAGCAGGGGGUUACGAGGAUUGCGGCCAAGGAGCAUAUUGCGCGGUGUUUGAAGAUUAAGAAGGAGAAGGCGCAGAGGAAGAAGGAGGCUAGGGAGGCGAGGGAGAGGGCGAAGCAGCAGGAGGAGGCGAGGAAGAUUGAGGGGGAGAACGGGGUUGGUGGGGAUGAUAGUGAUGAUGAUGAUGGGGAGGGGGGGAAAGUUGGGGGUGGUGGUGGUGGUGGUGGGACGGCGGGGAAGACGGCGAAGAGGGUUGCCGGGAAGAAGACGGAGGUUGGGGGGAAGAAGAGGAAGGCUGAUGGGGAGAUGGGGGGGAAGACGAAGAAAAAGAAGGAGGAGCCCAAGGGGAAGGUGGCUAAGCCGAAGGGGCCGGUGGAUGUGGAGAGGCAGUGUGGUGUUACGCUAGCUAAUGGGCUGCCUUGCGCGAGGAGCUUGACUUGUAAGAGUCAUAGUAUGAGCGCGAAGAGGGCGGUGCCGGGGAGGAGCUUGCCGUAUGACAUGUUGUUGUUGGCGUAUCAGAAGAAGAAUCAGGCCAAGCAGCAAAAGGCGGCGAUUGAUGCGAAUGCGCCUUUGGAGGAUGAGGAUGAUGUGAAUGCCGCGGCGGUGGACAGUGAUGAGGAGACGGCCGCGGUGAUGGCUGCGCUGGCUCAUUGGAAUCCGCAGCCGGUGGUGCCGCAGCCGGUGUUUACGCCGAUUAAGAGGCAGUAUCAGCUUUCGAGACUGCAUGAGCAGUUGCAGACGGCCACGAAUGGUGGGCGGGUCAAUAUAUUCAAGGUCAGCGGCUUCGGCGCCCAGAGGCUUCCGGAUGGGCAUCCGGGCCUGUUUGAUGCCGAGGAUGCCCCCGGGGAGCCUGACAUCAUCAUGGGCGGUACCGAUUUUCAACGACGCUCGGCGAGUUUCAGUCUUGCUGGACCACCGCAACGGCGGCCGUCGGUCGGGCUUAGAAAGCUCCGCCUGGUAUUGCAUCGUCGCCUCCACCCCAGUUACCAAGAAACCAGGUCGAAUACUGGCACGAUCCCGGGGAGACAGCAGCAGCAGCAACCGGAACCGGAACCGCAACCGCGAUCACAACAGGCAUACCCAACACCGGUUCUAAAGUCGGAAUCUAUACCAAACCUCAACCCACCUCGAGCGAGACCAUCGCUGUCUCUGAAAGUGCCGAAGUCUCGGCCAAAUACACCCAACUUACCUUCUGUCCCAUCUCCCCCCGAACAAGAGAUGGGGGUCUUGGUGUCGCGGCCAGGGGAGGCUAGACCUAGGCGGCAGGGAUUGCCAACACCGGUUAUGCUUUCUCGACCGUCUCCCCUUGAGCAACCUGAGCAGUCUGAGCAACCUGGGCAACCUGAGCAACCUGGGCAACCUGAGCAACCCGAGCAACCCGAGCAACCCGAGCAAGAGGACCCGCUCGUUGCUCAAAGACGGGUCAUUAUACUAGGAAGGCCCGCACAACCGGCUACGUCGUCACCCGCGAUGCAGUGGGUGCAGGUCCCGGUGGCAAGUAGUCCACAGACACCUAACCCUCCUCCUACUCCGCGUCUUGGAUCGGAGGCGGGUUCACGCCGGGGGUCGAUUACAACACAAGGUUCUUCUCCAGUGUUCCCCAUGGCUGAACCCCCGGCCAGACCUCAAAAGAUUGUCACCUUACAAGUGCCCCCGCAACGAAAUCUUCUCCAACAGCAGCAGAAACAGCGGCGAAGCUCUCUUUCAUCCCACUUACCUUCGAGUCCGGUAGUGCCGUCUCAGGCAGUUGCAAUGGCGCCUCCUGAGCUGAGCCCGGAGACAGUUCCGGCAUCACCCAUCGCACGGCCUGCUUCACGGGCACGACCCACACAUAUUCAAUUACCGCCACAGCAAGUACCCGCAAACUGGGCAGGAGUGCCUCCUCAUCUUCGGCUUCCAAGCCAGGUCUUGCUAUCGCAACUGAACACACAGUUUGUACCACGCCGCUUCUCUCAAUCACACAUCGACCCAUCCACUAGCCACGCAGCCCAUUAUCGACUUGCCCAGUUUCGGGCGAUGCAGCAACAAGCCGGGUUUGCUCAUCAACUAGAGGCUCAGGCAGCUGGUUUUGCAAUGGCAGGGCCAGCCCACCCUAUGCCUAUGAUAAGGCGGGCAUCAGAUGCUCAGCCGCCGGUGUCGCCGGUGUCGAGGACGAUGUCGAUGCCGUUAGCGAUGCCGGGCUUGUCUCCGUCACAGGUGGAGGCGCGAUCGAGGCAGCUGGUGCAUGGCGACUUUGUGGGAGGAAACACGGGGGUCGAGUUUAUGAUGCAGCAGACGCAGGGGUUUGCCGGAUACCCAGGUCACCAGCAGCAUUAUCAGCAACAACUAUUUUUACCACAUCAACAGAAUCCAUUUCAGGGCCAGCAGUAG